ACACCUUAUGUCCACACUUCACUACUGCCUGGCGCUUAGCGGCCAAGCUAUCCUGUUCCUUAACUUCCAACUCUCCGACCUCCUUAAUUACCAGAGAAAUCCAGCCAAAUUUGAAGUGGAAUUAUUCUUCAUUUCAAGAUCAAUCUUCAGAGAAUAAACCAUGUCGAGUUCAGAAUCUACUGGUCACCCUCAAACCACCACUGAGGAGUCGUCUCCUUCAAGAAGGAACAAGAGAGAGUCAAGAAGCUCAUCAUCAAGAUUCGCGAAAACCGUUUGUACCGCUGCUAAAAGGAUUCAAAAAGAACUCGCUGAAAUAGCGUUGGACCCGCCGCCAAAYUGCAGUGCUGGGCCAAAGAAAGAUGACAUCUACGAGUGGAACGCAACGAUUCUAGGUCCACCAGGGUCUGUGUAUGAAAAAGGAGUUUUCUUUCUUGAYAUUCAUUUUCCUCCAGACUAUCCCUUCAAACCUCCAAAGGUUACCUUUCGAACAAGAAUAUACCACUGCAAUAUCAAUAGCCAGGGUGUAAUUUGUCUUGAUAUUCUUAAAGAUAGCUGGAGUCCUGCUCUAACGAUAUCAAAGGUUUUACUUUCAAUUCGUUCGCUUCUUACAGACUGCAAUCCUGCCGAUCCUCUAGUGGGAAGCAUAGCCACCCAAUACUCAUCGAACAGAGAAGAACAUGAUAGAGUAGCUCGCGAAUGGACCAAGAAAUACGCAACAUAGCUUAAAUGUCGAAGAAAUGUUUUCGUUGAGAUUUUUAUACAAGAUUAAAAUAAUGUAUCACUAUAGUUAUAGCGCUGGCAACAAAAUGGAAAAGUGAGGUUUAUAGUUAUAGCGCUGGCAACAAAACGGAAAAGUGAAAACAGCAGGAGUCGGAUAAAUAGCAAUUCUUUAUUUGCAAACACAUUCAACUCUUUAUGACCAAACCCCCUAGAAAUAAAGAAUAAAACUUUAUUGCCGCCAUGUUGGAUGAACGAAGAGAAGAGAAGCUUAUUAGAAAAGAUUUCUUUGUUUGCUUGUCGUUGUAUCUUUUUUGAAACCAUCAUGGCGGCUAUGACAUUAAAAGAAUUAACGAGAAUAGUAAUAAUAAGUAGCAGGAAUGACAGCCACAAAUACAGCAAGAUGCUAAUAAUAUAGCGCUARACCUCAGCUAUGUUACGUUAAGAUCUCAGCAUAUAUCUUUAGGUCUGGGUAGCCAGAUUUACGAUGAUUAACUAGUUCAAAAACAACUUUUCACUUAUGUUCAACCAAGAUGGGUAGAUUAGUGAAUUGAAGGUAACUUGUAAUUCGUUACUGCAUGACUCAAUUUAUAUCACUAUCGAAAAGGAUUGUGGGAGUAGACUGAACACGCAUGCGCAAUAAAAUUACACAUUUGCGUCACUUGUCACGUGACAAACCRUAUACUCAAAUAUAUAAGAACAGUUAAACCAAAUAACGAAUAAACAAACGUUUUGAGUAGGCCAUAGCAGAUGACUUUAGUAGAUUGGAGUUAAUAAUAUUACAAUAAAUUUGCAUUUGAACAUUUUA